AUAAAAUAGAAAACGAGAGGAAAAAGUUCUUCUUUACAAGUCAGAGAAUUUAUUGAUCAUUAUCGUCAUUGAGAUUAGAGCACAAGUAUAUCACAAUUGAAUCCACUCUUUUCAAUUUUCCACAAAAAAAUAGAACGAAAAUAAAAAGCAAAUAAAAAACCGAAAUCAAAUCAUUGAGGAUGGUUUUGCUGCACAUCAAACGUGGUGAAUCUAGUCUGUUUCUCUAUGAGACAUCCAUUCGUGCUGAUAUCAGUAAAUUGACAUUUGAAAUCGUGACUAUCUAUAAUGGAUGUCUAAAAGUUCGACGCAUUUGUGCAGAAAUGGAAGAGCUAGCAAAUUAUGGAUGUAUGUUGCCACCUGAGAUGAUCGGCUUGACUGAUGAGCAAAUUACAGAACUAAAAUUAGUUGAUGCAUGGGCUGAAACGUGUACACCAUCUGGUGGAUACAAUUUAACAAAAGAUCCAGUUGGACGACGUAAUGGUUACCAGCCGUUGCCUCAAAUGCAAGAAAUGUUACGUAAAGCUAUAGCUGAUGCUUUGGCAAUGAUUGACAAGAAGCUAGUCGGUGAAAAUAAGAUGUUGAUAGAGAAAAACAUUAAGGAAGCUUUAGACUUAUUGCGCGGUGCUGUGACAAUCGUUUAUCCAAUGCAAUUACCGCCACAUGACUCCAUUCGCAAUGAAUUUCAAAACACUGAGGAUUUGAGUGGAACGCAAGCAUUAUUAGAAGUUAUAGAGCCGGUUAAAGCUCAAUUAUGGUUUGCCGGCAAACAAAUGUUGCCAGAUAAAUAUCUUGCUGAUUUUAUUGGAAAUAAUGAAAAAUGUAAAGUCAUUGUUAAACUACAAAAAAGUGGCGAGGGUGCACCGGGUCGUGAACCUGUCUUCAGUGAAGCAGAACGUAAACAAAUGAUGUUGCAUGCAUAUCGGCGCCAGGAAGAAUUGAAAAAACUUGAACAAGAUGAUAAUGAUAGUUAUUUGAACUCAUCAUGGUCAAAUAAUAUGAGCUUGAAAAGUCAAAUGCAAGGAAUUGGAGAUGUCAAGUUCCGCAUGGGAAAAUAAAUUUUGAAAAUAAUUUACAUAUUAAAUCUCAUGCUGAGAAUCUAUUUCAAUGAAUUUAUCAUGCUUUCUUUCUUAAAAAUUUUUUGUGGUGUUUAUAAAUGAGUUUAUGAAUUAUAACAUUUUUUG